CGGCACCGCUCACACAGGCUGCGGGAGCUGCGGGCGGAGCGAAAUCGAAAGGGUUAUCUCAAAUAGAAGUGUUGUUGUCGUCGUCCGGGGGGCAUGAUAGGCUUUAGUAGGACGAAAAGAUCCGCCGCUUCCAACGCAGGAUACGCUGACCUAUUUGGAUUCAUAGGAUUUUUAUUUUGUUUACUUACAAUCGUUGCUUCAACCAUGGCAACUACAGCCCCCGCAGAACCUUUGGCUGCAGUUCUGAAGAGUGUAAAUGACUUUACUCUUGACCUGUACCUGAAAGCAGCUGAAGCCAAAGGUCCUGGAAAAAAUAUUCUAGUUUCUCCUUUGAGUGCCUCAUUGGUGACUGCAAUGGUGCAUGCAGGUGCUCGUGGGAAGACACUGGAAGAAAUAACCAAAGGUCUCCGCUACCCCACUGAUAAAGACACCCUUGAAAAGGGCUUCAGCUCACUUCAUGAUCUUCUCGCUAACACUCCAAAUGUUACUCUUGAAAUAGCAAACAAAGUAUUUGUAGAAAAAACAGCUCAUGCUAAACUAGUUGAGGGUUACAAAAAAACAAUUACUGAAGUUCAUAAAUCUGAUGUUGAGUCGGCCGAUUUCCUGAAUAAUCAUGAUAAGGAGAGAAUUUCAAUCAACAACUGGGUGUCUGACAAAACACAUGAGAAAAUCAAAGACCUUCUUCAACCUGGCGUUGUUACUCCUGCCACCGCUAUGGUGUUGGUUAAUGCUAUUUACUUUUAUGGAAAGUGGAAGGAACAGUUUGACAAGAAACAAACUUACCCCGAGGACUUCUACAUCACAAAGAGUCAGACUGUGAAAGUGCCCAUGAUGCACAUGACCAAAAACAUGCGAUAUGCUGAGAUUCCAGAACUUGACGCCAAGGCAGUUGAGCUUUGUUAUACUAAUGAAAAUGUUUGUCUCCAAAUCAUUCUCCCCAAUGCUAAGGAUGGUCUUGAAGGCUUACAGCAAAAGCUUCGUGCUGGAGCCUUUGAUUUGUCAAACAUUCCUUUCUACCCCACCAAAGUUCAGUUAAGCUUGCCCAAGUUCAAACUUGAAGAAACCAUCAAUAUUAAGGACCUGUUCAAAAAGAUGGGCAUGCAGUCUAUGUUUGAACAAAGUGCUGAUUUUAGUGGAAUGUUUGAUGGUGUGCCUGUAGCAGUCUCUGAUGCCAUUCAGAAGACAUUCAUGGAUGUUAAUGAGGAAGGCACUGAAGCUGCAGCAGCUACCGCAAUGACGAUGGUGUUGUACAGCGCGCUGGUGAUCCCGGAGCCCAUCAUGGUCCUACAGGCCGACCACCCGUACGUGGUCAGGCUAGUUGCGUACAAACCACUCUCAAAAGCAACGUGCUUGUUAUUUGUUGGAUCAGUUUAUGAACCUUAGCUGAGAUGCGACUUCACUGGAAAAACUUUUUGUUGUCUGGCUGUCUCAGCUAUCGGCUUCUUUGUAUCACGUCAUUUUCACACCGCAGACGCAGACUAAUUUACAUUAUUGUUUUUGCGUGCUUUCUGUGUUGAAACUAUCUUAAUUUUGCUUAUUGCUUUAUGCGAUGUGAUCAAUUUAUGUUGUGGAAAUAAAUUAGCUUUUUUACUUUGCACUUUUUAACGCGUUUAAUGUUUCUGGAACGUCGACGAUCCCUGGUGGGCCGGUCCGACAUCUGGUAAGUCGGACAUGUGUCGGAAUUAUGUCGGAUAUAAUCGGAAGUCGGAAUUAUGUCGGAUUUAUGGCCGAAAUGUGUCGGACGUCGGGUUUGUCGGCAUGUCGAAUGUCGGUCUACAGAGGUCGGACGAGUCUGAGUGUCGGAGUCGGGACUGUCGGGAGGUCGGACGAGUCGGAGUUUCGAGUGUCGGGACUGUCGGGAGGUCGGAGUGUCGGGGUCGGGACUGUCGGGAGGUCGGAGUGUCGGGGUCGGGACUGUCGGGAGGUCGGAGUGUCGGGGUCGGGACUGUCGGGAGGUCGGAGUGUCGGAGUCGGGACUGUCGGGAGGUCGGAUACGUCGUAAGUCGGAAAUCGGUCGUCAGCUAGGGGAAGUCGGGUAUGUCGGAAAUAUCGGGACGUGAUGUCGUACAAGCCCCGACGUCAGGAAGAGGGAGACGUCGGCAUUUCGGAAAUUCCCGACUCCCGACCUCGGACCUCCGACUUCCGGCACACCGACAUACCCGACCUCCCGACUAUCCGACUACCCCGACAUGUCCGACUUAUCCCAGCCACCAACCGACUUCUGACCUCAAGCAUACCCGACCUUUCCGACAUUCCCGACAUUUCCGACAUUUCCGACAUCGACGAAUGUCGGAGAUAGUCGUGGAUGUCGCACGUAGUUCUUAGAGCGGGGUCCUCUUGGCAUAGUGGUGAGCGUAGUGGACUUCCAACCCAAAGGACCAGGGUUCGAUUCCGGGUAAGUACCAAGGUAAGGUUGAGAUUAACAUGUGCAAUUACGAUGUUCAGGGGUUGGGUGGAUACAAGGUGGGGUAGGUGGGGAUAUAGGAGACUAUAGGAAACGUUGAGAGGUUAGACUGGGACAAAUUAUUUGUUUUUUACCCUAGCUCGACCUCCGACAUGGCCGCUCAUCUCCGACAAGAUUAUGUCGGAGUCGGAAGUGUCGGAAGUCGGAGUACGUCGAGAUUUGCACCAUUCCGACAUUUUUCCGACGUCGGAGUAGUGUCGAAACAUGUCGGAAACAUUUCGGAAGCUUAUGUCGGAAAAUGUCGUAAUUAUGUCGGACCGGCCCACCAGGGGAUAUCACCUACACUGUCUGAAAAAAGCACAGUAAAUUAACCAAGGGGUCUACAACUCGAAUAAUCUAAAGUUCACGACCCUAAAAUCACGUCUUAAAUCUUUCUCUAUAAUCUAAUCAUUCUACAACCUUAUAAUCUCUUGUAAUCUUUUGUAUAAUUAGUGACAUUUUUAUAUGAAAUUACUUCACAAAGUCAAAAUACCGUUAGUAAAUGAAGAGAGAGAACUAUCUGGUGAGCUGCAAGUGAUGCUGGGGACGUGUCUGACCGAGUGUAUGAGUAUUAGUUCUUUCCCUUAUCGACCCAAGAUUUCGGAUCUGGUACCCACUUUUGAUCUUUGUCUUGAAAAUAAAGGGCAUUGAUAAAGUAUGACCCCACUCCAAAUCUAGGCUCUGUGGCUCAAACGGUUUAGGAGAUAUAAAUACCUAAAAUUUUGAGGCAAAAAACUGAGUAUUUUAGGGGGGUAUAGGUAAAACUCUAUGAAUCUUUGCAGUGAGGCCAAAACUGACUACACCAUUGGAAAGAAAAUUGAAAAUUGAUUCAAAACCAGCUACGACAAAAAGUUGGAUUUUGAAUUCCUACCCUUCGAUCAAAGCUAUUUUUUUUUUAUU